AUGGCCGAAGAGUUGAAUGGACUACCGAUGAGGAAACGUUAUGGAAUCAUCAUGAUAUGCUGCGUUUCAUUCUUCUAUAUUGAGAUUUUGCGAAGGAACUGGCCAACUGCCAUGAUGCAUCUCGCGAACGGCAUUCGCUUGAUGUCAAAUCUACCUGAUGCAGUUCAGGACGUCUUUCGACAUCCAGAGAUAUUCAGCCAUGAUCGUGAUAAUUCUCACGCCAGGGCAACCUAUAUGACCAAGUUACUUCGCCGGUGGGAAGGAUCCGCGGCCUUUAUGAGGAUCAAUUCACCACCAUCACUAUCCCUCCAAGCAUACGAGACCAGGAAAAACAGCGUAGGGGGUGUCAGAGAGUUUACAUCGCUGGAGAAACUACAAGAGCAUGUUGACGAUUUAUUCCAGGAUGUCAAUGCUUUCGGCUGGAUGUGCAGACAGUACCGCGGGGACGACAGUUCAUGGGAUCAUGCGGCAGCCCGGUUUCAAUUCGAUAUCCUACACCAGAGGUGCUAUCACAUCCGAGAGCUCCUUAAAAAGGCAAACAAACUUUACGGGGACAUGGAGGAUGCUGCGAAUCCGCGCGACUUUUUGAAGUUUAUGGGAUGUUUGCUUCGCCACCGCGGCGCGUCGAUUGCCCUUGAUUCUACCCCAUUGCCUCAGGGCAUGGCGUAUACGCCUCCCGACGAAGAAGAGGACAAGUUUUUGGAAGUUGCCAGCAUCGCGGAGACGAUCAAUCAGGCGUUGCGAGCAUCACUGGCGUCUGGAGCACCUGGAUCCUCGCCCUGGUUCAACGUGGACUUUGGGGUCGUUACCACGCUCUAUAUUGCGGCAUCAAAUUGCUACACCGUCUCCAUGAGUGAAAAGCUGUUUGAAAUGAUGAUAAACUGGCCCUGGCGAGAGGACUUGUGGGACGGUACGGAAUUGAGACGACAGCUAUAUGACCUCAGGAAGCCGAUUGUCGAAGUCCCAACGGCAACGACGCCCGACUCAGAAACACCAGUUCCGACGACACCUCAUCUCAUAAAAUUAGCGCAUCGGCCACCAUCCCGAGUAGCAGUGACAACGCCAUCAUCUGACGAGGAUUAA